UCUGUCUCUCUCUCUCCACCAAAAGACCCCACCGAUUUGUCCGCCCAAACCUUCAUUACGAAGUUACAAUUACAACAAGAAAGAAAUUAGGCAAAAAGAUUAAUAAAACAGCGUUACAAGAUAAUAAAUUACAUCAAUCUUUUUAAAUAAAAUCCACCAUUACAAUUUAGACCCAUCUUCUUCUCUAAUCUAAUUAUUGCAUUUAAUCCAAUUUUUCACCCAACUCUCUCAGUCUCUCAGUUUCUCUCUCUCUGACCAACCAAGCACCAACCGACCAAAGCACCCCCAAAUCUCGACUGUGCUCUCAAUCCAAUGGGCUUCGUUUUCGGAUUAGUGCUCGGAAUUCUAGUGGGACUCGCAAUUAUCGUGGUGUUUGUCCGCUUGGAGAACCACCGAUCCAAGCUCCGUUCCGAGCUCGCCACAACUAUAGCUGCUUUUGCUCGAAUGACUGUCGAGGAUUCUAGAAAGCUCUUACCUUCUGAGUAUUACCCUUCUUGGGUCGUCUUCUCCCACAGACAGAAGUUAAAAUGGCUCAAUCUUCAUCUUGAAAAGAUCUGGCCCUAUGUUAAUGAGGCAGCGUCUGAGCUGAUAAAGACUUCAGUGGAGCCAAUUCUGGAGCAGUAUAGACCAAUCAUAUUGUCCUCACUCAAAUUUUCCAAGUUCACUCUUGGUACCGUGGCACCGCAAUUUACAGGGGUUUCUAUAAUUGAAGAUGAAGGUGACAGUGUUACAAUGGAGUUGGAAAUGCAGUGGGAUGGAAAUCCAAGUAUAAUACUUGCUAUCAAGACUUUAUUUGGUGUAAGCCUACCUGUGCAGGUGAAAGAUAUUGGAUUCACUGGGGUAUUCAGGCUGAUUUUCAAGCCUUUGGUUGAUGAGUUUCCGUGCUUUGGAGCUGUUUGCUAUUCAUUGAGAGAAAAGAAAAAUUUAGAGUUUAGGCUUAAAGUUGUGGGUGGCGACAUAUCUACAAUACCUGGGAUCUAUGAUGCAAUUGAGGGGAUGAUACGGGAUGCGAUUGAGGAUUCAAUUGCAUGGCCUGUUCGCAAAGUUGUUCCCAUUUUGCCUGGGGAUUAUAGUUAUCUGGAGUUAAAGCCAGUCGGAAUGCUAGAGGUGAAACUUGUGCAGGCAAAGGAAUUAACAAACAAAGACCUUAUUGGAAAGUCAGAUCCCUAUGCUGUAGUAUACAUACGACCUUUACAGGACAGAAUGAAGAAAAGCAAAACUAUUAACAAUGAUUUGAAUCCGAUCUGGAAUGAGCACUUUGAAUUUAUUGUUGAAGAUGCAUCCACUCAACAUCUGGUGGUUAAAGUUUAUGAUGAUGAGGGAGUUCAGUCAUCUGAGCUCAUUGGAUGUGCUCAUGUACGACUAAGUGAACUUCAGCCUGGUAAAGUGAAGGAUGUGUGGUUGAAGCUGGUUAAAAGCUUGGAAGUCCAAAGAGAUAAUAAAAACCGCGGGCAGGUACAUUUGGAGCUGUUAUAUUGUCCAUUUGGCAUGGAGAAUGGCUUUGUCAACCCGUUUACUCCCGACUUCUCAAUGACCUCUUUGGAAAAGGUACUUAAAAGUGGGAUGAAUGGAACAGAAGCUACUGAAAAUCAAAAGGAAGCCACACAGAAGAGAAAGGAGGUCAUAAUUAGAGGUGUACUUUCUGUUACUAUAAUAUCUGCUGAAGACUUGCCACCAGUUGAUCUGAUAGGAAAAGCUGAUCCUUAUGUGGUACUGACCUUGAAGAAAUCAGAAACAAAAAACAAAACUAGGGUGGUUAAUGACAGCUUGAAUCCCGUUUGGAAUCAAACUUUUGACUUUGUUGUUGAGGAUGGAUUGCAUGACAUGCUCAUUCUUGAAGUCUGGGACCAUGAUACUUUUGGGAAGGACUACAUAGGCAGAUGCAUCAUGACCCUCACUAGGGUUAUAUUAGAAGGGGAAUACAAAGACUCUUUACCGCUAGAUGGGGCCAAAUCUGGGAAAUUGAUCGUGCAGCUUAAGUGGAUGCCACAACCAAUUUACCGUGAUUCUUGAUGGAUCUCCGUUGCAUGGCUAAUAGUAAAUUGGAGAUGUAUCAGUGCCACCCACUCGUAGAUGAUGUAUCCAAAGAACACAAAGGACACCCUCAAAAAGUUUGUUGUUUCAGAAACCUGGCAAAACCCUCGGAUGGUGUACAUAGAUAGUUGUUUCAUAAGCAUAACACCUGUCUGUCAUAAUGUAAUCAAGUUAUAGAAUGUGUACCAAUCAGAUUCAUGGCAUAGAGUCACAUUGGAUUAUCGAUCUAGUGGCUGGCAGGAUUCACCUUUGGCCCCCUUUACCAUUCCCAUCUUUUUCAGUUGCAAUGUGGUUUGUUUGGAGAGGGAGGGGUUCUUAUGUAUCGAUAGGAUAGGACCUCCCCUACCUUACUGUUGUUGAAAAUGCAAGUUAAUAGGAUCGGAUGCCACAUCAUGAGCUUUGGUGAUUUUCUUUUUCUUGUUUUCGUAUUCAUUGAUUGAAUUUAGGUACUGGAUUGCCUUAUUUACGAUGUUUUUGGGGA